GAACUGGGCUACCAAACCACUAAACAGAGACAGCAAAGCACGUAGAAAAUAGAGGCUAUAAAUGUCGAGGUCUGAUUUAAAUUGCAAAUAGUCGCAGAUUAUUCGAUACAGCAUCUGCAGUGUUCAGGCAACUUUGGUAUGAAUACUGCAACAAUUGUUGUGCAUAUUACAAAUUAUCUGUUAAAUAAUGUACAAUGAUGCUGAUCUUGCAACAUCAUCACCACAAAGCAACACAGGAAGUGAGCGAAGAUGUGUCCCAUGAAGCUUUGCGACCAUGACAGGACAAGAACCAAGAAGCGGUGAUUUCUGAUGUUCCUUAUUCAUAGGGUACACAGGGGAUAAUGUUUCCGAUUGAUAAACCCGAAGAAACGUAAAAGCUUUAAUCCAAAGUCAAAUAGUAUUUAUUUCACUGAAAGGAUGACGGAACGGGUGGAUGAUGUUAUGCGACUGUGUUGUGAACUGUCUGCUAACCAACAAAUGAAAACGGCAGUGAAGCACUCUGGGAAAGGUGCAGCUGCUGCUGGAGGACUUGCUUUUGCAGGGGGGUUGAUAGGAGGUCCCCUUGGCAUUGCUGUAGGCGGUGCCGUUGGUGGGCUCCUGGGAUGCUGGAUGACUAAUGGACAAUUUAAACCGCUUCCUCAGGUCAUCAUGGAGAUGACCUCUGACCAGCAGCAGAAACUCUGUGCAGAUGUGAUGUCCAUCUUGGGCAGUAUUCAGUGGACAGACCUGGCUCAGCUAACGGCAGUGGUUAUGGGAAAUGCCAGUUUGAAACAGCAGGUGACUGCUGCCUUGCUGAGCUAUGUGACUCGAGAGCUUCAGGCUGAGAUACAUUACACUGACUGAGUGGGGUCUGGGAAGUGGGGACAAAGACCUGGGGACAAAGACCUGAUGGCCACAGCUUCCCCAUGUCUGUAGUCUGUAGCUUCCCCAUGUCUGUAGCAAAUGGUCUGCGUGUACACAUCUGUACGCUGACAAUGCACAUACGUGUCCUGUUUCUCUAGUAAGCUGCGGAACUGAUAUUUGUUUGGGAUCUAUAGCUGGUUGUUUGUGUGUGAAACUAAAUUGAGCCAUCUCAACGCGUCAUUAAAACUUGAAUGGUCAGAAGAAUGGUCAUAGAAUAGAAGGCGGGGAGAUCAUGGAUAAACGGGAAACUGUGGGGUUUUUUUCUGAUCGCGUUAUUCAGACCGAAUCAAUAAUCAUAGGUUCUUGCUGUGUUGAAUGCCGCUGGGUUACAGAUGAAGCCUCUCUGCAGUGUAACUUCUUGUCAAAGAACUUCAUACAUGAAGAUGUGCGUUUAAUGUCUCUGGGCAGACUGGGCAGAUAUCCCAGUGAGAUCUUGGAUAUUUAUUAUUGAUAAAUUAUCUUCAUCUGGAAGACGUCAAUAGAACAUUUGUAGAAACUUGAGACUGUGUCACUUAUCUGCACUUGUGUGGCCUAUGGUGUGAUGUGUUUUUUUUAAUAAUAAAAAAUAAGUUG